UCACUGAAAGUUAACUCCGCAACAUUUAUUUAGAACUUCCAGUAACUAAGAACUGGAGAUAUCAUCGAGAGAGCUUAUAUGAAAAAAGAGUAUGGAUACACAUCAAGAUUACAAUUUAGGAUGAAACGGCAAAUACUGUGUGCAAUAGUAAAUUAGGACGCCUGGUGGCGCUGCAGGCUAAGAGUGUGAAUAGCUGGCUCUGCGGAUAACCCAGGCGCCAUUAAGCUGGGGAAUCCAAACUGAAUGCUUCCUAAAACAAGGACGCAUUUUAGGUAAGAUCUAGUGGCUAAAUCUUCAGAGUGGACGUCGUUCUUGUGCAAGUCAGUCAAGAAAGACUGAAUUCGCGGUUAUUUAAGCAAAUCAUCUGGGUGGAUUGUAUACCGAGUUGAAGAAACUGCGCCUUCUGGACCGGGUCUGAACAAUGGAGACUGCGCUAGCAAAAACGCCACAGAAAAGGCAAGUUAUGUUUCUUGCUAUACUGAUGCUUUUGUGGGAGGCUGGCUCUGAGGCACUUAGGUAUUCCAUACCAGAAGAAACAGAAAGUGGCUAUUCUGUGGGCAACCUGGCAAAAGACCUGGGUCUCGGGGUGGGGGAACUGGCCACUCGGGGCGCGCGAAUCCAUUACAAAGGAAACAAAGAGCUCUUGCAGCUUGAUAUAAAGACCGGGAAUUUGCUUCUAUAUAAAAAACUAGACCGGGAGGCGUUGUGCGGGGCGACAGACCCUUGUAUAUUGCAUUUCCAACUCUUACUAGAAAACCCAGUGCAGUUUUUUCAAGCUGAUCUGCAGCUCGCAGAUAUAAAUGACCAUUCUCCAGAGUUCCCAGAGAGGGAAAUGCUCCUAAAAAUCUCAGAGGGCACCCAGCCUGGGACUGUGUUUCCUUUGAAAAUAGCACAGGACUUUGACAUAGGUAGCAACACUGUCCAGAACUACACAAUCAGCCCCAAUUCGCACUUUCAUGUGGCUACUCAUACUCGCGGAGACGGCAGAAAAUACCCAGAACUGGUGCUGGACAAAGCGCUGGACCGGGAGGAGAGACCUGAGCUCAGCUUAACACUCACGGCACUGGAUGGUGGGGCUCCGCCCAGGUCCGGGACCACCACAGUUCGCAUUGUCGUCUUGGACAAUAAUGACAACGCCCCCGAAUUUUUACAAUCACUUUAUGAGGUACAGGUUCCUGAGAACAGCCCCCUUAACUCCUUAAUUGUCGCUGUCUCUGCGCGAGAUUUAGAUGCAGGAGCGUAUGGGAGUGUAGCCUAUGCUCUAUUUCAAGGUGAUGAAGUUACUCAACCAUUUGUAGUAGACCAAAUAACAGGAGAAAUUCGCCUGAAAAGGGCAUUGGAUUUCGAGGCAACUCCAUAUUACAAUGUGGAAAUUGUAGCCACAGAUGUUGGGGGCCUUUCGGGAAAAUGCACUGUGGCAAUAGAAGUGGUGGAUGUGAACGACAACGCCCCUGAACUCACCCUGUCGACGCUCUCCAGCCCUACCCCAGAAAACGCCCCGGAAACUGUAGUUGCUGUUUUCAGUGUUUCCGAUCCAGACUCUGGGGAUAACGGUAGGAUGAUUUGCUCCAUCCAGAACGACCUCCCGUUUCUUUUGAAGCCCACAUUCAAGAACUUUUACACCCUCGUGACACAGAGAAAACUGGACAGAGAGAGCCAAGCCGAGUACAACAUCACCAUCACCGUGACUGACUUGGGGACACCCAGGCUGAAAACCGAGUACAACAUAACGGUUCUGGUCUCCGACGUCAAUGACAACGCCCCCGCCUUCACACAGACCUCCUACACCCUGUUAGUCCGCGAGAACAACAGCCCCGCCCUGCACAUCGGCAGCGUGCCCGAGGGUCCCUUUCCAGGGCAUCUGGUGGACGUGAGCGGCACUGGGACCCUGUCUCAGAGCUACCGGUACGAGGUGUGUCUGUCGGGGGAUUCCGGGACAAAUGAGUUUAAUUUCCUUAAGCCAAUUAUCCCCAACUUUUUGCCCCAGGGCGCUGGUGAUGAAGUAGGGAAAACUGCAGCCUUCCGGAAUAGCUUUGGAUUCAACUAACGAUCUCAUUGUGACGCAUUGUUUUGUGCCAUUUAUCCCAAACUUUUUCAGAUCUAGAAUUCGAAAGUGUCAUGGACAAAAAUUUCACCUUGAAAUUUAGCUUU